CCAGACAGCUGCAGGGUGAAGGUCGCACUGUAACCAAAGAGUCCGACAGGCCGCAGAAUAAGCUGCAGGAUGGUCCCUGUUUCAACUGCACAACUCUCAGGCUCACCAGUCAAAAGCUUGAUGGGCUCCGACUUGGCAGCUUUGCCCGUGUUUUCUCAGUCAGUCCUUCCUUCGCCUCGCCUGAUGAAUAUGUGGGACCCUCUCAGAAUUCUGACCCGCGUCGACCCUAUUGUGUGUUUGCCGUCGGUUCCUCUGGUCCUGGUUUGUGCAACCCAGGACCGCCACAGUACUUCCCGGCUGUCAGGUGGAUACACACCUCGAGGAGAAGGUGGGAUGACUCGAAGGUGGAGAAAUCCCUGCGCUCACUAAAGGACAAGAAGAAGAAGUUGGAGGAAGGCGGGCCCGUGUACAGUCCCACGCUGGAUGCUGAGCCCGUCAGAAGGACACUGCGGCAGCGGGUGAUUGAUGAGAUCAAACACUACUACCAUGGCUUCAGGUUGCUGUGGAUCGAUACCACCAUCGCUGGACGCAUGCUGUGGAGGGUCCUGAAUGGAAAUCCUUUGUCUCGCCGUGAGAGAAGACAG